AUGGCGGACUCGGAGGACGCCACAGGCGCGCCGCGCGCGAAGCGCACCGCCGAAGAGGCCGAGAUUGUCGAGGCGAACCGCGCGAAAGCGCGGCAGAGCCUCCGCCGCAUGGCGUCGCACCAGGCGAGCACGACGGCCCCUGCCUCGAUCCGCGAUGCACGCGCCGCGACCAAAGAGGCGCCGAUACCCCAGGCCCAGGCGCUGCCCCGCGACAAGGCCCUUGGCGACUAUAUCGAGUUUGACUUGACGCGCCUACGCAACUCCAAGGGUGGUUUCCUGGUGGAAGAUGAGGCGGAAGACCCCGUGGUCGCGCUCGAAAACCUGCGCAAGGAGCAGGAGCGUGAGAAGCAGCGGCUGCGCGACCAGAUGGAGCCUGGUAUCAGUCUCGACCCUACGACGCGCCCCGUGUGCGAGGUGUGCCAGUCGCCGGACGUGAUGUACGAGCCCUUUCUGCGUGUCUUUAACGUGCGCGUGUGCCGCUCGUGCGAGCGCACACACCCCGAGCAGUACUCUCUCCUGACCAAGACAGAGGCAAAAGAGGACUACCUGCUGACCGACGCCGAGCUCGCGGACGGCGAGCUGCUCCCCCACCUCCUAAAAAAAAAUCCUCAUAAAUCGACCUACAGCAACAUGAUGCUCUUCCUACGCAAGCAAGUCGAGGCCUAUGCCUUCUCCGACGUAAAGUGGGGCAGUGCCGAGGCGCUCGACCGCGAGUACGCGCGGCGGCAGGCGGACAAGUCGCAGAAGCGCGUGCGAAAAUUUGAGCAGGGCCUUGCGCGCCUGCGCCGCCGCACGAUCCGUGACAAUAUCUGGCAGGAACGGCGCGAUGCGGAGCAUAUCCACGACUGGGAGUCGCUCCCCGGCAGCCUGCAGUUGUGCCGCAGCUGUGGGCAGCGCGUCGAGGUCGAGGAGCUGUAG